AUGAUUUAUGAACAAGAAACUUCGCACACCUCUAUUAGUUCAGCAACUUUUGCUAUCUUACCAACAAGCCAAGAGAUUUAUCCAUCCGUUGUCAAAGCUCGACAAAAAGUAGUCCCGUUAUUACCAAAUUGUUGUUUAUUCGAUAUUCCAGAUGAUUAUACAAAAACCAUUGAUGGAAAUCGAUUUUUGUUAACUGAUGAAGUGCUUGAGCGACGUGAACGUCUGUUGAUGUUUUCUAAUGAUCAUCAACUUGAUUUAUUAUUUCAAUCUCGCAUCGUUUACAUGGAUGGAACGUUUGCUAAAAGUCCACCACAUUUUCUUCAAGUAUAUAUUAUCCAUGCGAUUAUUUUUGACAUAUUAAAUAAAAAAGCUAUUACGUAUAGACAUAUUUUUCUUGAACUUAAAGACAAAGCAAAGGAACGUGGUAAAGUUUUCGCACCCGUAACAAUCAUGAGUGAUUUUGAAUCCGGUGUUUUACCAGUUUUAAAAUCAGAGUUUCCUUCAUCAAAGCACUAUGGAUGUUUCUUCCGUUUCUGUCAAGCAAUUUAUCGGCACAUACAACAUUUGGGAAAACAACAACAUUAUUCAACUAAUGAAUCCUUUAGAUUAUUAUGUCGAAAACUUAUGGCAUUAGCAUUAAUGUCACGUGAGCAAGUAGUUAAUGGUUUUAAUGAAAUUCAAGCUGAUGCUGAUCAAUUACCUGAUUAUCCUAUGGAAGAAUUAUUAUCGUAUUUUCAAAGAAACUGGUUAGAUAAUAUUGAUUUAUGGAAUGUCUCUACAUGUAAUGCAAGAACAAAUAACGUGUGCGAAGGUAGGAUGAUUAAUACAGUUUUAAAUGUAUCUUUUGCUUUUCAAAGGUUAUCAUAA